AUGAAAAAAUGGGAUGAUGAUGCUAGAAUGAAGAGUUAUGUAAAUAAAAUUCUAAAUGUGAAAUCAACUAUGAGAAAUAAUUAAAAAACUACUUCCAAAAGUAAUUAAUUCCAAUGAUUUUGAUUUAGAGAGAAUUAAUAGAGAUACUGAAUAUAGCAGCAAUGUAACUAACCGUUCAGAUUUAACAGGUUUCAAAGAUAGCAUACUUUUUAAGUAAUUAGAAUUAAGAAAUAAUAGAUAAUUAGUGGAAUACAAUUUAUAAUAGUAUACGAACCAAUUAUUGUUAAGAGGAUAUAAAAGUGGUUUACAAUUAUUAGCUUAACAAUCUUUAGAAUCCUAAAACAAACUAUUGCAAGAGAUUAAGUUAUUACCUGGGCAUAAAUAAAAGUUUUAGGAUUUGCUCAAGCAAUUAAGUGAUAAUUUAGAUUCUUACAAUGACAAUAAUACUUAGUUAGUAAAUCAUAAUCAUUUUGCUUAAAAUCGAUAUACUUUACCUGGCUAAUUGAAUUCGCAUGGACAAUUUGAAUAAACCAAAGAAGUAUACAUGGAAAUACUAAAGCCCAUUAAUAGAAAGGCAUCUAUGAAACAUUUUUCACCACCCCAGGAAUUGAACUAAAUUAAACCAAGAGUAUUACCAAAAUUGGAAAAAGUCUCAAGUAAAGGAAAAAAAGAAAGAAAUCCUUAGGUUGAAGAUAUAACUACAAAAUAAGGAAAUUAAUAAUUGUAGAAUAUAGUAUAAUUACCUAAUACCAAGGAGAUGGUUACUAAACAAGCAUCAAAAAUGGUUAAGAAUCCACUAUAAAAUUAAAUUAAGAAAAGAGUAACUACAUAGAAAUCUUAUUAAGAAAAGCCAAAUAAAUUUAUUAAUAAAUUAUUAAAAAUAAAUGGAAAAAACACUAAUGAAAUUCAUUUAGAAAGGGAAUCAAUAUAACUAUUAUAUCAAUCCAUUGACAAUGGAAGACUGGCAUCAACAUUAAUUAACAUUGAUAUUGAGGAAAUCAGUUAUUGUGUUGGGAUUACCAUUAAAAAAAUGAUGGGUUUAGCUGACUUAGAUUAAAUUAAGAAUAUUAGUUAAAUUUAAUGUAUUGAUGAUAAAAAUUAGAGUUAAUAGGAUAGUAUAAAACAAAAAUAUUAUUAGAUUAGAAUAUUAUAAAUGAAAGAGAUAUAAUAAAUGAUAGAGAUGACAAUGAAUAUAUAUAAGAUUAGACUUUUUAAUUGCAACUAGAUGAUGAUGAAUAACAGGAUAUGAAACAAGAGUAUCUAGAACUAUAACAAGAGGAAGUUAUAGAGCAAAAUUAUAUUGAAAGUUUUGAAAAUACUGAAUAAUAAAAUUGCAAUCCAGAUUUAGGAUAUUUAAAUGAAUAAUUCUAAGAAGAUGAUGAAAAUAAGUUCUUAUUUAAUACUAUAUUUUAAGUUAACUAUUACUUCAAUCAUAAUUUUCAGUUGAUACAACGUUAAAUUUACAAGAUUCUCAGUUAUUUAAUAAAGUUUUUAUUGACAUUUCAUUGAGCAAUUAUAUACCAAAUGUGGAUAUAAUUCAAAAUUAUUGUAAAAACAUUAUGACAACCACUAAAAUGGAAAGAGAAGUAGCAAUUAUAUCUAUGAUCUAUAUAAAUAGAUUAUUAGAACACAAUUAAGGGUUAGAAAUAAAUUGUUUGAAUUGGCAAAAAAUAUUAUUUACAGCAUUAGUUAUGGCUUCCAAAAUUUGGGAUGAUGAAUCAUUUGAAAAUAAUAACUUUGCCAAAGUUUUAACAUAAUUUACAACCAUUCAAAUAAAUGAAAUGGAGAAAGUGUUUUUAAAAUUAAUUGAAUAUCAUCUUUAUGUCAAUUCUGGCGAUUAUGCUAGGUAGUAUUUUUUAUUGAGAACUUAUGCAGAUAAAAAACAACGGAGUUAUACUGUCAAAUAAUUAGAUAUUGCUACUGUCUUAAGAUUAUAAAGGGGUGGUCAAUAGUUGAUUACAAAGCAAUAAUUUUUAAAUACUUAAAAUAAAAGUUUUUGA